UGCAAAACACUAUCAGGAAAUUGGGGCCAAUGAAGUUCCUAAACAUGCCUUCUUUUCAUGUGUAUUUUAUCCUCAUCUUCGCCGCCGCAUCGUCAUCAUCCCUCUUCCGCCUCUCUGUCAACGCCCAUUCCCAUUCGACAGUGUGCGGUGACGAGGGUACUUCUUACAUGAAUGAUGGAAGAAUCACACAAUGCAGAAGAUUAGACGCUCUCGGAGCUGAAUUUGGAUGGAAUUACCACAAUGUGAUACGUAACAAGAGCGAGAAGACCGUCGACGUCUUCUUCCGUGCACCGUUCCAGUCCGGGUGGGUGGCGUGGGGUGUAAAUCCAGGCAGGCGUGCGGAAAUGGUGGGCACCAGAGCCCUAAUCGCCUUCAAAAGUUCGAACGGCUCUCUUGAAUUAUUGCCUUUCAACAUCACCGGCGACACCAAGCGCGGGUGCCGGUUACAAUCUUCACCAAUAGAAGUGGGUUUUAAGGUAAGGAACAUCACCAACUUGGCAGGCUACCUUUCUAUGUUCGUGAGACUCGAUUUUCCAUCCACGUCCGAUUACAAUUUAUCGAGAUUGAAUCACGUGUGGCAAAUCGGCGAGCAUGUGAUCAAUCAGGAGCCGUUGAUGCACCGUACCACUAUCCAAAACUUUGAUUGCCGUGAGACCGUUGAUCUUACAUCUGGUCAUUCUCAGAGUGCUCUCCAUCACCGUCAGCAUCUAAGAAAGGUGCACGGAGUACUAAAUAUAAUAGGAUGGGGGACUAUCUUGCCUCUCGCAAUCAUCGUGGCAAGGUAUUUCAAGUCGUUUCCUUUCAAGUCGGAGAGGUGGUUUCGCAUUCAUGUUCCGGGUCAGGUGAUGGCAUAUGUAAUUGGCACCAUCGGUUGGGCAAUUGGGAUAUCUCUCGGCAAUAGCUCUAAGAACUACACCUUCACCACUCACAGGAUUCUCGGCAUUACGCUCUUUGGCGUGGCUACUCUGCAAAUGCUGGCUAUAUGGCUGAGGCCCAAGAGGAACGACGACUACCGCAAGUAUUGGCACAUAUACCACCAUUUCUUGGGCUACUCUUUGUUUUCGUUGAUUGCGGUGAAUAUAUUCCAAGGCAUCAGUAUUCUAAGUCCGGCAGAGAAGUGGAAGUGGGCUUAUGUUGGGAUCCUUUCUUGUUUGGGUUUCAUAGCUCUUGUGUUGGAGAUCAUCACCUGGACCUUUUUUCUAUUUCCAAAAACCCAGGGUAUCAAAAGCCGCAAUGGCGCUGACUCCAAGUAAUUAGUCUGUUAGAGCUAAUGUGUCUGCACGGAUGUACUCGUGCACACGUGCCAAAUAUCCCCCUUCCUUUUCUUUUUUCCUUUAUUAUUUUGAUUGAUGGAUGGUAGAUCUAAUAUUCCUUUGUACGAGUGUUUUUGUUGAUCACAAAAAAGAAAAGAGAUUUAUGUGUGAAUCUGCAUUUCAUGUGGGAG